AUGCAAUUUAUAAAAUUUCCCAUUCAAUUUUAAAAAAAACACUUUAUUUUGAUAAAAAAUAUUUUAAACUUUGCAUUAAAAACUGCUAAUUAUUUAAGAAAAUCUUGGUAUUUUAUACUUUCUUUGAUAAGUAAAUUAAACUAAUUGAGAUUAACAAAAAGCUAAAUUGAAAUUAAAAGAAAAAAUCAUAAUUUUUAAGAAGAAGUACCCUUUUCAAUCUAAAAUGUGUACUUUGAAUUAGAUUAAAUAGAAAAAAUAUAUGCAAAUAGCAUGAAUUUAGACGGAGAAAGUGUUUUGGAUUUCAUAACGGCUUUAUGUAAAGUUUCUGAUGAAGAAUUGAAUUAAAAUUCUUCACUUCCUCUUAUUUUUUCUUUAUAAAAAGUAAUUGAAACAGCAGAGUUUAACAUGAAUAGAAUCGUUAUUGUCUGGAAUAGGAUCUGGCAGGUAAUAAGGGAUCAUUUUGCGAAUGCAGGACAGAAUCAAAAUAUAAAUAUUGCAAUGAAUGCCGUAGAUAAUUUAAAAUAACUUUCUUAAAAAUUUUUUACAAAAAAAGAAAGAUUUAACUUAACUUAUUAGAAAGAUUUUUUAAAAACAUUUGAAAUUAUAUAUUAGAAAGUUAAUGUUUAAAAUAUAUUCAUAAAAAUAUUUAUUUUAGAUUGUAUAAGAUCUUUUUGUACAAGUUAUUUCCAUAAAAUAAAAUCUGGCUGGCGAAUAAUCUUUAAUAUCGUAAAUUUUGCUUUAUAAGAAGAAAAUUAAGAUUUAUCAAAUAAUUCUUUUCAAAUUCUUAAAUUAAUAUUAGAUAAUAAUUUAGAUAUUAUAUAUGAUUUUUUCGCUGAUUUAGUUUAAUGUUUGGCAUCUCUAAGUAAAAAAAAAGAUGAAAAUUAUGCUUUUGCUUCUAUCGAUUAUGUAUAAAAAUGUCUCUAUUACAUAUCUGAUAAAUCCAAAAACAAUGAAACCUUGAACCCAAAAACUAAAGAAACAUAUUGGGUACCCUUAUUAGGUGUAUUAUCAAAUUUAUGCGGUGAUUAAAGACCAAAUGUAUAAGUAAAAAGCAUGGAUUGCCUAUUUAGUAUACUUUCGUUAUAUGGACAUAUGUUUUCAAUAGAGUUCUGGAAAAUUAUUUUUUAAGGAGUUUUACGUCCUUUGUUUGAUGAAAUAUAGUUCACUUUUUAACAAAUGAUUACUAAAAAUUUGCACUCUUUAUUAAUCGAGUUUAUUAGAACUUACGAGAAUUGUAUCAAUAAUACAAAUGAGUAAAUUAUUUAAAUAUCUGUAAAUGCUUCCAAGAAUACUAUACUUACACUUGGGGUGAAAUUCUAGGAAAAUGAUUGGGAAAUUAUUCUUGAUUUUUUCGAUAGAAUGAUUAGACUUACUACUCCAAAUAAAUUAUUUGAGAUAAAUUUAGAUGAGAAUGGUGAAUAUAUUGUAUAAGAUGUCAAGGGAAAAAGAAAAUAAUCUUUUUUGCAAUUACAAUACUUUAAGAUAGAGCAAAAGAAAUAUAUUGCACAUUAGUUGAUAUGUCCUAAUACAGUUCAAAUAGAAGUUUUAAUUAAUUAAUAUGCUAAUCAUGCAAAGCUUGUCCUAAAUGUGGAAUUUAAGAUGAAGAUUUGGAUAAUUAUGUAAGAAAACUUAUGA